CAUUGACGAAUGUGCACGGAACCCAGAGCUGUGCCACGACAACGCGGAAUGCAUCAACACCUAUGGGUCGUACAUCUGCGAGUGUGACGUGGGAUAUGUUGGGGAUGGAACUGUGUGUAGAAUCGACGUGGACGAAUGUGCCAAUGGGACUCAUGGAUGCCACGAGCAUGCGCACUGCAUAGACCUGCCGGGAUCACAUGAACUGCAUCUGUGACGAGGGGUUUGUGGGGGAUGGUGAAGUUUGCACAGAUGUUAACGAGUGUGCUGAAGGUGGCCACAUGUGUCCCACAAACGGAACCUGCAUCAACACUGCAGGCUCCUACACCUGUAAGUGUGACCCCGGGCACGCCUGGGACGGCAACGCCUGCUCAGACUUCGACGAGUGCUCUGUUGACAACGGGAAAUGUGAAGACAUCUGCAUCAACACGGUAGGAGGUCAUCAGUGCGCAUGCUCCAACAGCCUUCUUGUACUCGCCGAGGAUGGGAGAGGAUGUACACUCGUUGGAGCGGCCACAACCUGCACCAAUGAGAACAUGGAGCUGGCCCUGCCGGAGGAAGAACUCGCGCUUGUCGACACAAACGACCUUCACUGGGCUCCUGACUCGACCUGCAGGGCCAGGUUCAACGGUACCCAUCACCUGCUACGGACUGGUCUGUACCAGUGCGGCACAACGGUAACCUUUGACUCGACUUACGUCAUCUUCACCAACUUGAUCAGCCUCAUCAACAUCCACAAUGCAACAGGCAUUAUCACUCGAGACGAUGACAUCAUCAUUUACUCCAAGUGCAAGUAUGAGCGUGAAGAGGACGUGACUGCACAGUUCAUGCCCAUCCCUGGUGGACUAGAGUUCACUGAGGUUGGUUUCGGCACCCUGUCCAUCCGUCUGGACAUGUUCCACUCACAACAUUAUCUCCAACCGUACACAGUGCCUGAAUACCCUGUACACAAGAGCCUCAGAGACAACCUGUACUUCCAGCUCCAUGUCGACGGUCACAACCAGCGUCUGUCCAUACUCGCUCUGAACUGCAAGGCUACCAUGUCACCGAACAAGGACGAUGCACUGCAGUACGCACUGAUUGAUAAUGGAUGCGCUGUAGAUGACACCCUGCAGUUCUACAACAGUUACAACCUGGCAACUCAGCAGUUCGGGUUCGAGGCUUUCCGCUUCAUCCGGGAACUCAGGACUGUGUACAUUCACUGUGAGGUGGAGGUGUGCGACGCCGCUGACCCGGGGUCACGAUGUGCGCAGGGAUGUACUGGUGUUCGCCGCAAGAGGGAGCUCUCUGACAUGACAGGAAGACACACCAUCUACCAGGGCCCUAUCAUUCUGGACGAAGCUGAGAGCGAGAGCAACGUCGGGUCGCUCAAUACCGGGGUACUGGCUGCAGUGGUCAGCGUCGGCUCACUUGUCACAGUGAUCGCACUGGCUGUAGUUGUGGUUGCUGUCAGAGUGAGGCGCUCUAAGAAGAAGCGUUCUGGGUAUCAGCCGGUCCAGACUGACUGUGAUGACUGAAGAGGAGAUGACACAUUCUAGCUUAGGCCCCUUUCCACUAGACGGAGAUCGCUGACAAAGCCACAAAAUUGGUCGUGUGUACCCUUUAUUUCAUCAUUGAAUAUAUAUAAAAAAAACACCAAAAUACACAAAAUGUAAAAAAAAGCGUUUUUGUCAUUGACAUUGUUGGCGGAUUUGUGAAACAUUUUAUCGCUCAGUGGUCACAGUGCGGUCUCAAACUCAAGUGCAAAGGGUGUGUGGAAAUACGACUACGACUAUCGUUUGAGUGUGCUUAUCUGGAAACAGCAAGAAAGAGGUAUAGGCUUACACUCUAUAUAGAGUUGCAUAUUUGACCAUAAAUACUACACAUUAACACAAUCUGAUACAAAACGCAUAUUCUUGUGUUUUUUAGCGACAUGCAGGUGCAGUUACUUUCCUAAUGAUACAUUGUUGGAUUUGUUUUCAUUCUUCUUCACAGGUUUUGUGAUAUUCAGGUUCUGGUCAGAAACGUUUUUCCACCACAGACAAUCUACCGUUGCAACUGUAGUGAACAAGCUUAAUUAUUAACGUUCAGGGCAUUUUAUACUAAUGUAGUUCAGUAUAAUGGACCCUCUUAAAGCGAUGUUUGUGAACCUGACUGCUAUUCAACUGGACGAACGUUGAAGCAUGUGGCUCCAACAUUGAUGAAAUAGUGCGUUCUACUUUGGUGCUGUAACUUCGACUGUGUGUGAUACUAUAAAGGCUGCGUUUGUCGCACAAAAUACCAGUGUCUGUGUGCUA